CAGCCCUUUCACCUGUCACAGUGCUCACAAAAACACCGCCAUACAACAUACCAAUGUCCUGAUCACCGCCAUGCUAGCAUUCUGAUCACUGCCAUACCCCAUACCAGUGCCAUGAUCACCGCCAUAUGCCAUACCAGUGUCCUGAUCACUGCCAUACACCAUACCAGUGCCCUGAUCACCACCAUAGGCCAUGCCAGCACCCUGAUCACCACUAUACACCAUGCCAGCAUCCUGAUCACCGUCAUACCUCAUACCAGCAUUCUGAUCACCCCAUAUGCCAUACCAGCGUCCUGAUCACCGCCAUACCCCAUACCAGCAUCCUGAUCACUGCUAUACCUCAUACCAGCAUUCUGAUCACUCCAUAUGUCAUACCAGUGUCCAGAUCAUUGUCAUACCCCGUACCAAUGUCAUGAUCACUGCCAUACCCCAUACCAGUGUCCUGAUCAAUGCUAUACCUCAUACCAGCGUCCUUAUCACUGCCAUACCAGUGUCUUGAUCACCUCCAUAACUCAUUUCAACGUCCUGAACACUGCUAUACAUCAU